CUAUGGUCUAAGAUAUAAACAUCUUGGUUGGGGGACAUUAUUCAGUCUUCCACAAAUGUGAAAUAUGCUAACCACAAUGACAUGCACAUUCAGGUAAAAACCUAUGAAAAUCUCUUAUCUAAGUUACACUUUAUGUGAAACCAUAAGUGAAAACUUCCCAUAACACAAGCAGCUCCAUAAAGACAGUAAAUACACACUGUGAUCACACAGCCAUCAUCACCUGAACAAAACUAAAAAUUAUUAAAUACACACAUUCUGUAGUUUGGGCCAGAACUCAGUUUGCAGUCUGCAGGAGUGUUUGACACACAGUGAGCACUCAAGAUUGACUGAAUAGUUUACAGGUAGGAUAGAGCUCUUGGAUUUCCCUUGAACAGUAACCUUGACGAGACAUAAGAUGAUAUAUAGCUCACAAGGUAAUAGCUCACACAAACAAGAGAAAAUCAUGUGCAUCUGAAGAUGUUUCUCCUGUACCACCUCUGAGAAAAUGAAAACUCAUAACUGGAGAAGAACAAACAGGACCUAGGAGUAUUCAGUGAUGAAAAGGAGAUGUAAGCAUGGCUCUGAGAUCUGGUCCAGGUCCCCCACCAACAGCUAAUACAAAGAAAAGAAAGUUGAUACGGGCCAUGCCCAGGUCACAGCAAGGACAGUUCUUCUAGUUUUGGGAGAUCCUCUUGAGAUAUAAUAUAUAACUCAAAGCCUUGAGACUGAAGAAUAAUCUAAAAAAGGACACAUACCCAAAAGUUCAAGGGCAUGGGAACAGGGCUAUGUAGGAGAAGAUGGAGAAGUGAAGGAAUGACAAACUUGUCAGAGAAACAAGGAAGACUCAUUCAGUCUGAAACUGAGAAGUUCAGUUCUGUGGGUUGCAAUUCUGGGAUUGUCCCUGGCAACCGUAAGGGUUCACACUGAAGUAUAAAGUCAGCCAUCAGUGGUUUCUACACUUGCCUCCAGGAAGACAACAAAGAUCCUGUACACUGGUAAGUGAAUAUGGGCAGAGACUUGAAAGGGUCCUCAAAUGAUUGCCAUGAGCAACCUUCUUCCCUUUUAAACACCCACAUACUUCUUGGCCUAUCUUACCCAAAUAAAUGGUCUCAGCACCAUGUGCUCUCGGGUUCAUCUCUGUAAAUACUCAUUCCUCUGCUCUCCAUCGCUGCUCUCAUUAUCUUAUGCACCGUGGCACACUCCUCAGUUCACAUCCUCAUACUUUUACAUCUUCACACCUUAUUUCACAGCAUGUACAUCCCUCAUAAUUGCUCCCUUUGAACACCAUUUUUUUAGUAUUGCAUCUGCUAACUCACACAAAUAGUCUCAUUCUUGUAGAGCUCUGUGCUGUACAGUAACAAUGCAAGAAGCUAUCACAACCACAACUCCAUCAGAUGCUCCUCUGUUUACAGUUAUUUAGUCCCUUCACAUAAUCCCAUAAUCUAAGAGGUCAGGUAAUCAUUCUCUUAUUCCUCUUUCACAUGGCUCAUCUAUAAAAGUUUGUCUCUGUGGUUCUGAAAAAAAAGAUUCUCAUAGAUUCUCAAAUAUUCCAAUAACUAUUACCUAAAUGUUUUACAUCAAUAGCAUAUGACAUACACAUUUAAAAUGUAUGAAAGAUGAAAAACUCCAAGAUGUACAGAACUAUGCUUCACUUUCACCAAAUCACACCAUAUUCAUGCUACCUUCACAUGCAAUGGUGGCCCCACUGCUAUACUCAAUAUACUUUAAAAAUUCUGUGAAAUACACAGAGUGUACAUAUAUGAAACUAUAUUUACCAAUCAUGACAAACUCAUUCUAUGACGGAUAUACCAGACAUACUAAUUUUGUUUCUCUCUCCUCUGAAAUGAAACACCAGAUACUCUUCAGGGACCGAAGAUAAAAAUUGGAUCCAUGUGAAGGAGUACAGUUUAUUUACACAUUUAAUUGAGGUUUUAGAAGGGACUUAAUAUGUUUAUGAAUUAUUUUUCAGGAAAUAGAAUUUGUGUGUUUAUUGAUGUAUAUGAAUUGAAAGGUAUGGCUUUCUCCACUGGAAAAACAGAUUAAGAGAAUUUAAAAAAAAAUAACUUAGGAAUUUUCAUAGUAUGUUUAAAUCCAUGGGUGGAGGUAAAUUUAUUUUAAAAUUUUACAAAAUUCUAGUAGGGAAAAAAACCUACUCAGGAUGUAGUAGUAACAUGGAAAUCUCUAGGAUCGGCUAAUUUUGUGUUGAAGAGGGGGAAAAAUUAGUUAAGGCCAUGUGUGGGCAAGGUAUACUAAGAAAGUAACAUAACUGGACAGCCUAGUGAAGAGUAAGCAGGAACCUGAUAGGGAAUUUGUGGCCUAUGCUAAGAUGUGCAUCCUGGAGCCAGCACCAGAGACCCCACUGAGCCCCUGACUCAAGGUCAGAACUCAUCAGCUCUCACAAGUCUUGGGGUUUGCAGAAUUCUGACAACGGAGGUCCAGGAGCAGAAUGGAGAGAACUGCACCAUGUACAUUUUUCAUGUCUGCUUGGAAAAGGCUACUAAAUAUGUGAAUAUGAAGGUCAAAAAACCUCAGAAUUUUAUCUACCUACAUACCUGCCUAUUAUCUAUACUGUGUCUCUCUCUUUCUCUUACACACAAGAAGGUCAACAUGAGUAAUUACAACAAAAACUGUAUGUCACGGGCUAAUUUGUAUAACUUAUCAUAAGGAAAAUUGAGUCAUAAAAUUUUAAGAUCUUUAAUGACUGCAUUCCGCAUUUUAUGCAAGGUUCAUAGUUUCCAACAUUCUCAAUAUACUUCCCAAAACAUCACAUACAGGAUGCCCAAGCCUACCGAUGUCCACCAUAAAUGUAAUCUUAAUAACUGUUGUUUACUUAUAAUUCCUGUAAGAGCAAGUCUAGUGAGUGGUCACAAUGCCCACAAUAAAAUAUCCACUCAACAUGCUCUUCUCUGAAAAGAUGAAAACUCCACAUGAUUCUGUAUCCCAAUGUUGUUGUUCUGUCAUUUUGUUCCCCAGAAUUCCGGAAGUCUCAAGCAGAUGCUCCUGGGACACGUAUCGUGGUCCCAACCUGUAGCCAGGCAGCAGGACAGAGCUCUUCUACCUCAGCGUAUUUCUCCUGUGUCUCCUCUCCAAGCAAACACAUUCUUGUUGAAAAUGAUGGAAUCCAUCAAUUGCAACAAGAUCCCCCCUGUCUUCAAUCCUCUGAGAUGCCUCCACCCCAGGAUUUGGAGGAACAGGAGACCCUGUCCCCCUAUCACCACAUCUGUUUUCAUUUCCAUUUAGCCAAUGAGCCCUGUACACCCGAAACACAUAGGAGAAAGGAGAGAGACAUGAAGGUUUACUAUAUGCGUGUCCAAAGGAAAAGAGGAGUGGCUGUCUUACAGGAUACAGAGGAAGAAUCAGAGCCUCCCACAAAGAGGGCAAGAGUUGAAGAAAUUACCUUCCCAGGAAAGCUCCCUACAGACGACAACCUCUCUUAUGUGUCUACAUGGGAACUCCUAACUGAGAGUGAGUCCAGCUUGGAUGUAGAAGCCCAAGAUGGUGGGGACGAGGCUGUCAGCCCAGCAGAGCCCCACGCUCUGCAGGAACAGCCCAGGGCCAGGACACCUGAGUGGCUUGUGGCCCCUGAGAAUGGCUUCAAGUGUAUGGGCUGCUGCCGGGUCUUCCCCAGUCUGGAGGUGCUUCAGGGGCACGUGCAGCAUGGGGUUGAGGAGGGCUUCAGCUGCCUCGCUUUUCAUCUUGCCUUUGCCUGGCUGAAGAGCAAAAGAAACACAAAAGACAUGCCGGAGAAGAGAAGAAAGAAGAAAAUCAGGAAGGCCCCAUCUGAAUGCAGUCAGGAGAAAGGUCUGGAUGUGAGGAAUUCUUCACCCAAAUAAAUGAACUGUUUUCAGCCCCUGAAAAAAGAGGAAGUGGAGCAGCCAAACUGUAUUGAUGGAGCUCCAUCUCCGCUAGGUCACCCAGAGUACCCACCUUUGUUUACACACACCUGACACCACCAGAGAACCCCUCUACUUACAUCAACAGUAUCAACAAACACCAGUUGUUUUCUUCUAUGCAAGCUUCCUUUAGUGUCCUAUCUGUGAACUCUAGGUAGCACAGUUACCAACCCAUAUCCUUCUCUGCAAGUUUAACAGCUUAUAUGUGUAUUUAUGACAUACUUGAGUUAAUUUUUGCAUAAACUGUGAGGCUUAGGGGUUGGUUGGUUGUGGCCACUAAAGUUCAGUUGUUCUUCCAUUGAAUUAGCUCUGUAACCUCAGUCAACAGAAGCAGCUAGACAUAUUUGAGUCUUUCUCUGAGUUCCUUACCCCAUUGUACUUAUCCAAGUAUUUCUAUCUCUGCCAUUCUGUGACUACUGUAGAAACAGAUUAACUCUUAAAAGUGAAUAAGGUGAUUCCUUCAACUUGAUUCUUCACUUUUCAAUAUUGUUUUAGCUAUUCUAAUUCUUUUGCAUUUCCAUAGAGAUUUUAAGGUAAAUCCCUCAAUAUAAACCAAAAAAAGUAUUUGUUUCUAGCAGAUGUACAUUGAACCUAAAGAUCAGUUUGGAAAGAACUGAAUUCUUUAAUUCGUUGGUCCUUCCAAACCAGGAACGUUGUUCUCUCUCCAUUUAGGAAUCCUUUGAUUUUGUUCAUUACAGUUGUACAAUGUUUUCAUUAGUGACCCAGAACAGGUUUUACACAUUUAUUCACUGAGCUUCUGUAAUAUAAUUAUUUUCCUUUCACCAAAUUUGGAAAAAUCUUUGGUCACUGUUUCUUUGCAUAUUUUCCUUGUUAAUCUCUUCCUUCUCUCCUUGUGAGACAGCAAUGAAAUAAAUAUUAGACUGUUUCCUAUCAACCUACUGUUCAUAGUUUUUGAAGGUUUGUCUUCCUCCUGCAGAUGUAAUAGCUAUGUGUCUUCUUGUUCACCGAUUCUUUCACUUGCCAUCGUCAGUAUAUUCUGGCUCAUUCCGUGGCUUUUAAAAUCCAACCUACUGUAAUCUCCAACUCUAAAAGCUUCUCUUAGUUCUUUUUAUUGUUUAUGUAUCUCUUCAGUGGUGCUCAUACAUACCCCAUAGAUGACAGGUAUAAUAGCUAUAUUAAAGCCCAUGCCUAAAAAUUCCAACAUCUCUGGAAUGAAGGUACUGACAUCUGUUGGUUAUCUUUACUCUUGAGAGUUGAUCAUAACUUACAGUUAUGAUUACAGGUAAUUUAGAACUGUAGUCAGGACAUUUUCUCUAUCAUGAUAUAAGACUCUGCUAUUAAAUUCUAUGGUGAUUUUUUAAAAAUUGCACUGAUUUGCAUGAAAUCAGACUAAGGUCAGAGUGUAAGUGUGGCAUCAUCUUAGGUGGGUGAUGGUUUCAAUGUCAGUGAAGUUUUAGAUUCUUUGCUGUGCUUCUCUGCAUCCAUUCCAGUCAUGUGCCACUCUCGAGUUAGUCAGAGGCUUGGCACAAAACAUAUUCAAAGUAUUUCUUGACUCACGUUUGAUGUUUAAUGCAGCUCAUAUGAAGCUUAGUUACAGGUUCUUGAAAGUCUCUUGGUUAUAUAAAAUGCUAUGUGUGUUAGUCUUAGUUUGCACUAACUUAAAUGUUUCUUUAGUUACUAGAGCAUAGCUUCUUGUAUCUUACAAUUUGAUACAUACAAGGAAGGUUCAGAGGUGGACUUUGCUCAAUGAGCAAGAAAACAAACUUUCUUACAGGCCAAUUACAUUUUUGGCAUAUACUAUUUUUAUUUUCUAUACGAUGACUAAUCAGUCCAAUAUCUGUAUGGACUUUAUUAAACCUUGAAUUUUCUAUGCACCUAUGAAAGAGCAUAUACAACUACCACCCUGCUGAGAUUCAGACUUUUCACCUAUGCUUGUCUUCAUUCUGUCUCUCAAUUCUGACAUGACUAGCACUAGUAAAAUAUAACAUAUAUUUUAAAUGUCAACUGUUUUUUACAGUGACUGACACAGAUUAACUUAAAUUUGGGUGAUUUCCCAUUUGGUGUAAUAAGGACAGAUGUUUGUCUAGUUUUGACCUGUUAAAAAUGAGUCCUCAUAUAUAAAAUACUUUCUUAUAUUGUAUAUGUUGUCUUUGUGUCUUAAAUUUAUACUUUAUGGGGCUGGCGCUGAAGCACAGCAGGUUGAGCCACCACAUGUGAUGCCAGAAUCCCAUAAAGAUGCUGGCUCACAUCCCAGCUGCUCCACUUCUGAUCCAGCUCCCUUCUAAUGGCCUGGGAAAAGCAGCACAAAAUGGCCUCAGUGCUUGGACCCCUGCUGCCCAUGUGGGAGACACAGAAGUUCCUGGUUCUUGGUUUCAGCCUGGCUCAGCCCUGGCCAUUGUGGCCAUCUGGGAAGUGAGCAAACAGAUGAAGAUCUCUCUCUCUCUCUCUCUCUCCUUGUGUGUGGAUCCCUAUAAUUCUUCCAAUUUAAAAAAAAAAAAAAAAGAAGGAAGGAAAUCAUACUAACUUUUCCUUCCUUGUAGCCUAGAAAUUGCAAAAUAUUUGUUUUAUUAAAGGCAGAACAAGUUAGAAUUUGUGUCUGGUUUUUUUUUGUUGUUGUUUUUAAAAAUUAAUUUAUUUGCAAGGAAGAGAGAGAGAGAGAAAAAAAAGAGAGAGCGAGAGAGAGAGAAAGAGAGAAUUAAUCUCCCAUCCACUGGUUCAAUCCCCAAAUGCCCAUAACAGCCAAGGCUAAACCUUGUAAGGAGCCCUGCACUCCAUAAGAGUCUCCCACAUGGGUGGCAGAGACCCAAGUACUUGAACUCUUGCCUGCAGCCUUCCAGGGAGCACAUGAGCAGGAAGAUGGAAUCAGGAGCACAGCCAGGACUAGUGCAGGAGCUUGGAUGUAGCACGCAGGUGUCCUAAGUGGUAUCUUAAUUGCUGCAACCAAAUGUUAGCCCCUUUUCUGUAUUUUUAAAAUUUAAAAUUUACCAAUGUAGACUAUGAUAACAGAGUUCAAUUUUAUUUCCUCAAUUUAUAUUCUGUACAUUUAUACAUUUUUUAAAAGUCGUGGCAUACUUUAUAGUUAGAAGAUAUUUAAAAUACUAGUAUUGAUGGAAAUAAACAGAAUUUAUAAACAAAUAAGUAUAAAGCUUAUUCAGGGCAGAAUAUGAAUGGCCUCUGCAUGGGAGACACAAGCCCAGUGACUUUCAAGGAGCCUUGUGAAGUGUUACAAAGUGGUCAGACUCCAGCCAGAAUUUAUGCAUUACACGGAUAGCACACACUGAGCUGGCCCCAAUAAGGCAGCAUUAAGCAAGCAGGGUGAAUUUCUUACUGGAGAUCACUUUCUUUAGGAGUGUCUACAAACUCCUUUAGCAACAGGGUACCUCUCUGAAAAGAGGUUGCUGACAAUAAGGUCAAUUAAAGAGGACACUUUGAGGAAUAGAUAAGAAAUGAAUGGAGAAAGAACAAAAGAUUGCGUAAGCUUACUUGAGAUGGCUAAGACAAAACAGACCCUUUGUGCCUAUCACCCAAGCCUACUGGUUUGACAGGUAAGGUAACAGCUCUGUCCAUGGACCUCUCAGAUAAGUCAUAAAGAGUUUCCCUUGAAUAAUCUGCAGGCUUUUUAGGGUCAGUUUGCUUUCACUUAGUAUCUUCUUGUUUCCCAGAUAGCUUAUUCAUAUUAACAUGCUAGUAUGUGCCUACUGAGAGUUGGACUGGAAGAUAAAGGAUAUAAGGCACAUAAAAAUGAUUCCAUCAUGGCAUGGCUAUGUUUGCUUUGUGUACUUUAAGAACAGAAAAAGUAACAGAUUAGGUAGAGUUGUGUUUAUGAUAAACGCACAGAUAGAUGAUUAUACCAAUGGCUCAAUUCUUUAAAAAUAUUGAUACAAUUAUCCUCAGCAGUUAGUGUUAAUACUCUUAGUAUUUAGGGAUGAAUUCUCAUGUAUGAGCUGUAACACGUUCAGGGAGUCCAAAAAGUUGGGAAUCAUAGGAUAAACUUAUUUUAAACUCCCAUUUUCCUUAUGUUUCUGGAUUUCUUGAGAAAUAUUAUUUUCGUAUAAGUAGUAAUGCUGCAAACAUGUUCCAAUGAUAAUACAAUCAAACUAGAAUGUCAAGAUGCAAAAACAUAAAUUAUUUCCCCUUUCAGCCAGAAAUAAAAUGUCCAAUUGUUAAGCUAAAAAAAAAAAAUCUUUAACACAUACACUAAAGUAUCUGAAAGGCUACAAACAUAGUGGUAACAGUAUAUUUUAUAGUUAAACUUAUAGUUAAAGUCAUUAAGGCUAUUUCAUCUGAAUUAAUAUUUGGAGUUUAUAGGAAAACAUAUUGUGGAUGUCAUUUGAAAACAUUAUUACGGCAGUGUUUAAAAAUAGCUCUAUCCUUGAUAUACUGAGAGCUAACAUUAGCACCUGGGUACCUUCAAGCAAAGUGGCAACAUACUUCACAACCAAGCAGAGCAAGCCCUUGUGUGGUAGCUUGCGGUGCUGCCAAAUCAGCAGAAGAUAUAAACACCUAAUAAGCCUUAAAUUUUAUUGCCAGGUCAAAUCGACCCAAUGAAAAGUCCAUGAAAAGCAGCUUAAUUUCAUUUUAUGUGACUAGCUGGUCAUCAACAGUACAGUAAACAUAUUUAUUAUUUUGUGGAAGGGAAAUACUAUAAAUGAAAUAAAAUCCAGUCAGAAAUACAGACCUCAUCCUUAUUACAAAAAGGCACAAUACAAGGUACAUCUCACCAGCAGCCACUGGAAUAAUGAGUGGCCCUUGGGCAUACAUCAUUAAUCACGGUUU